GAGCGGGGCGCCCGGCGGGGCGGGGGGGACACUCUGACAUCCGCCUGCGGCCAGGACGACAGAGGGCCCCAGCGCCGGUAUAGGCGGCGGAGCAGGAAAAGGAGUCGGAGGAUGGAGCCGGAGAGAGGAGAGCAGAGCAAAGGGUCCAAAAGAAAAAGUGAUCGAAUGGAAAUUCCUGACAAUAAAAGGCAAAAACAAUCCUCCCACAUAGCAAGGCCUCCCCCACAAAGGCUGUCUAGUGGCACAAAGAGAGUUGUUAGCACCAAAGGAAAGCCGGUAUCUGAAUACAAGAAUGAUGACUUCUCUAGACAUGACAGAAGCAGAAGGCCUGAAAGUGUGAUCGGAGAGUUCAUCCUUCUGGUAGCUCUGGACGGGAAGGAUAUAAAGGGUCACAGGAAAAAAUCAGCGCAAGGAAAAGAGAGCCUGACAGGAGACCUAAAUCUGCCAGUCCUGAUCGGUCAACUGAGGCCCCGAAAUUCCACAUGAAAUCCACUAGGUCUGUCAUAGCUUCCAUCCAGAAAACUUGUGGGUCACGGGUAAUUCCAUCAAGAUUUCAAAGAACUCCUGUCAUUCCUAAAAUAAGACAUGAGUCAAGCAGGCGACCAAGCAGGUCCAGUCGCUCAUCUGAUGCUAACUCUGAUGACUAUGGGUCAGAGAGGGACAGUGGUAGCAGUGAUUCUUCUGAUGAAGAACAAGGAAACAAUAGUGAGAAUGAAGAAGGAAUGGAAGAGGAGGAAGAUGAAGGGGAGGAAGCUGAAGAGGAGGAAGGUGAGGAAGAGGGAGGAAGAGUAUGCACAAGAAGAACAUGAAAGAGACCAACGAGAAGGAAAUGAUUAUGAUACUCGUAGUGAGGCCAGCGACUCAGAGUCUGACUCUGCUUCAUUCUCAGAUGGCGACUCCAUUCGUUCCGGUUCUGGCUCUGACAUUUCAGAUGAGAAAAAGGAGGAAAGGAAAAGGGCUAGAGGUAUUUCUCCAAUUGUGUUUGAUAGAAGUGGAAGUUCUGCAUCAGACUCUUAUGCAGGUUCAGAAAAGAAGCAUGAAAAAUUACCCUCUUCUGUUCGUGAUGUUCGAAAAGAACGAAUCAACAAAAUUCGGUACAUUUUGCAGGAUGCACGGUUUUUCCUUAUAAAGAGCAACAAUCAUGAAAAUGUAUCCUUGGCUAAAGCAAAGGGUGUUUGGUCAACUUUACCAGUAAACGAGAAAAAGCUCAACACAGCUUUUAGAUCUUCACGGAGUGUUAUUUUGGUUUUCUCUGUUAGAGAGAGUGGAAAAUUUCAGGGAUUUGCACGGCUGUCAUCUGAAUCUCAUCAUGGUGGAUCACCCAUACACUGGGUCCUUCCAGCAGGAAUGAGUGCAAAGAUGCUUGGAGGAGUAUUCAAAAUAGAUUGGAUUUGCAGGCGAGAAUUGCCAUUUACUAAAUCUGCUCAUCUUAAUAAUGCAUGGAAUGAAAUGAAGCCAGUGAAGAUUGGACGUGAUGGUCAGGAAAUUGAACCAGAAUGCGGGACCCAGCUAUGUCUUCUAUUCCCAGCAGAUGAAAGCAUUGACUUGUAUCAAGUCAUUCACAAAAUGAGACACAAGAGAAGAAUGCAAUCACAGCCCCGAUCGCGAGGCCGUCCCUCUCGUCGUGAGACAACAAGAGAUGUGGGAAGGUUAGAAACAUUCUUUGGACUGAUAGUAGGCACUUGUGCUGGAGUAACAUGA